GAUUUCUUCUCUUAAUCCUGGAGAUUGAUACUAUAAUGUCAACUGGUAAAAACCAUACUUAGAGUACCCUAUCAUCAUAUUUACAUAAGAUAAUCGAUGCUGUCUUGGACUAUUUCUGAUGACCUCAGAAUGACAAAUAUUCACCUAUAUAUUGACAGUGUUUAUACCCCAUAAUCUAGUAGUGUUGCAGAGCUUCGAUGGACCCCGGCACAUACAACCAAACCCUCAAUUUCCCCAGCGGAAGCUGGUUCAAGAAACGCGAAAACACUCUUGUGCAAGUAGACGGCCGGGAGUUUCGACUGGCCAAAGUCAUCCAUGAAUCCUAUCUUGACGGGGGGAAUCUGUGGAAAGUCCUUUUUGAAGGUUUUCCCACCGACGAUCCAUGCCAGACUGUGAUUCUCAAGUACCGCUACGAGUAUUACUUACUACCGGUAGCUUCCUACCUUAUGCAUGUGCGUAUACUAAUUCUUAGACUCCAUCCAUUCCUCUUUGAAACGGAUAAAAAGCAUAUAGCUGGCAGUCGAAAAUUCCUCGAUGAAGUCGCCGCCAUGAAGGCCUGCCAGGGAUCAGGCCAUACCCCGAUCUACAUUUCCCACGAGGUACAGCGCCAGCGCCAGCAGGACGAUCCAUACCCUGGAGAAGGAUAUGUCUGGGUGCUCGUCAUGUCGAAGCUGCCUGGCCUGCGUCUGUUCUUCAGGUUUAUUCCGCCGGAGCCGUUGGUCGUCACACGCCAGGAGAUGAGGGAUAUCAGACAGCAAUGUAUUGAUACACAAGAGUAUGCCAAUGCACAAGGAUUCUCCACAACCCUCGGUAUCGAACAUGUCAUCUAUGAUCCUGAAAGUAAACACGUAUUCUUCUUUGGAAUGCAUCAUGUGGAACCUGGAAGGGACGAGACGCCUGAUUAUAGUCCUUACUUGUUUCUCAAUUCCCUUGAAAACCCGCCAGACAUGUAUGUCAAAGUGGUGGAUUAAUUAGAAUAAAUAGGGACUUCAGCUUAAAUUAAUUAAACUAUAGUUUAU